GGGAGCGGAAAUGGCAGGUGGCUUAGAGGCUUGAGGGCUGCGCGUGGAGUGGACCCGUGCGGCUCUGGUGGCCGUGAGCGGAGCCGGGUUCUCGAGCUAACGACUUUGGUGUUUGGCUCACGAAUUCUACAAGCUUUACCUUUGUGGCUCUGGACAGGACGCUACUUGACUUGUUUAUGGAGCGUGCAAUCCACUGUUGGAGCCUCUUGCGGGUGGCGUGUAAGUAAGCAAAAUAAAGAUUCCUGUCCACGGAGCUUACAUUCCAGUUUGAGGAAGACAAAUCACAAACAAAAAAUGUGAAAUAAAGUGGUUAUAAAUUAGAACGCCAUGGAGGAAAACAAGGUAAGGGAUAUUGGGAGAUAAAGACGCAAUUUAAAAAGAAGUGUGUUAGGAUAGGCUUCACAGAGUAAAUUGCCUUUGAGCAAAGGAGCUGCGGGAAUUAGCUAUAUAGAUACUUGGGGAAGUAAAGCCCAGACAGAUUGCCCCUUAGUAUUGGGCAAAGUGUUCCAAGGUGGAAUGGGCCAGUGGACAGCAGGGACGGCGUGUGUGGCUGGACUGGAGCGAGGAAGGGGAAACAGUAUGUAGAACUCCCUGACAGAAAGGCUGAAACAGUCAGGAACAUUGGCGGAUUGGAUCCUUUUAGUUGUUUGCAAGUGAAGAUAAUUACCUACUUAAUUUCAGUAAGAUUUCACAGCUUAACCACAGCCACUAAUUAGUAUGUGAAGUUAAUGGCUGAAAGUAGACUUUUUCCAAAAUAGAAUAUCCUUGAGAUCUAAAUGGAGGCGCAGUUCCCAGUAAGCACAGCGUGAAUCCAGGCAGAUGAACCCAGUGUAAUAAGUUUUUAUUUGCUCUUAGGGUUUUUGUGCAUGCAAAAAUCACCCUAUUUUUGGCUCCCGAUUCUAAAGCGGUUCCCAACCUGUGGGUCACGACACACACAUCUGAUAAUCCCCCAUAUCAGAUAUUUACAUUAUGACUCAUAACAGUUGCAAAACUACAGUUAUAGGGUCGCAAUGGAAUAAUUUUAUGGCUGGAGGUCCCCAGUAUUAAAGGGUCUCAGCAUUAGAAGAGUUGAGAACCACUGCAAGCUUUUCUAACUGUUAGGUGAUGUGGGUGAAUGUCUGUGACGAUCAGUCUCCCCUCACCUGUGACCUGGGAAUAGUGGCAGAUGAGAUGACUGAGAAGAUGCCUGUUGUGCUAAGGAUCUUACAGACUGACGGACAGAACGAACCCGGGAUAAAACACGGCGUGAGAGGUUUGCUCAGAGGACAAGGCUGAGGAAACACCAAUAUCACAAAGCCACGUCUAACAAAUUUUGAGAUUAAGAAAACCAUUUGUUGAAUACAAGUGAGCACCUGCUUGGUUCCCUGGCGAGGGACACGGGUACCGUGCAGCGCUGUUUGCUGGGAUGUAAGCACUUGCCCAACGGUGUCAUUAAGAUAAAGAUUUUAACCUGGUUUGAAAAUGAGUAAGCGCAGAAAGCUCCCAGCUCAGCCGUCAGCGUGUUCUGAGACCUUCAGCCCGGAAGUCCUCGAUGACGUCUCUGAGCUCUUUGCCAAGAACUUUUCAUACUGUAAGCCGCUUACUAAUGAGUGGCAGCUCCCAGCGCCUGCGGAGGUUUUCUCCUGUGACCACACGGAGUUCCGUGCUUUCCUUGACUUGAAGAACUCCCUGAACGAAGUGAAAAACCUCCUGAGUGACAAGAAGCUGGGUGAGUGGCACGAACACACCGCUUUCACCAACAAGGCGGGGAAAAUCAUGUCUCACGUGAAGAAGGCUGUGAAUGCCGAGCUUUGCACGCAAGCCUGGUGCAAAUUCCAGGAGAUUCUGUGCAGCUUCCCACUUAUUCCUCAGGAAGCUUUUCAGGACGGAAAGCUGAAUUCUCUGCACCUCUGUGAAGCUCCAGGAGCUUUCAUUGCUAGUCUCAAUCACUACUUAAAAUCCCACCGGUUCCCCUGUGAAUGGAGUUGGGUAGCCAAUACUCUGAAUCCAUACCAUGAAGCGAACGACGGUCUCAGGAUGAUAAUGGACGACCGACUGAUUGCAAAUACCUUGCAUUGUUGGUACUUUGGCCCAGAUAAUACAGGUGACAUCAUGAACCUGAACUAUCUGGCUGGCCUUCAGGAUUUCCUCAGCAGCAUGCCCACUGUUCACUUGGUCACUGCUGAUGGGAGUUUUGAUUGCCAAGGAAACCCAGGUGAGCAGGAAGCCUUAGUCUCUUCUCUGCACUACUGUGAAGUUGUCACUGCCCUGACCACUCUCGGAAGCGGCGGCUCUUUUGUUCUAAAGAUGUUUACGUUGUUUGAGCAUUGUUCUGUAAACCUCAUGUACCUGCUAAAUUGUUCCUUUGACCAAGUCCAUGUCUUCAAACCUGCUACUAGCAAGGCGGGAAACUCAGAAGUCUAUGUGGUGUGUCUCUGCUAUAGAGGCAGAGAGGCUGUCCACCCUUUGUUAUCUAGGAUGAUGUUGAAUUUUGGGACUGAGAUGACCAGGAAGGCGCUCUUUCCCCAUCAUGUGAUCCCCAAAUCUUUCCUUGAGCGACAUGAAGAGUGUUGUGCGUUCUUUCAUAAAUACCAGUUAGAGACGAUUUCUGAGAACAUUCGUCUUUUUGAGUGCAUGGGGAAGGAGGAACAAGAGAAACUGAAUAAUAUAAGGGAUUGUGCUGUACAAUAUUUUAUGCAAAAAUUUCAACUGAAGCAUCUUUCUAGAAAUCACUGGCUUGUUAAAAAAUCCAGUAUUGGUUGUAGUACAAAUACAAAAUGGUUUGGACAGAGGAGCAAGUAUUUUAAAACCUAUAAUGAACGGAAGAUGCUGGAAACGCUUUCGUGGAAAGAUAAAAUCGCCAAAGGAUACUUCAAUAGCUGGAUGGAGGAACACACCGUGUAUCAUCCUGGGCAGAAUUCCUCCUUAGAAGGAACUGCUUCCAAUCUCGAGUGCCACUUAUGGCGUAUUUUGGAAGGAAAGAAACUGCCGAAGGUGAAGUGUUCUCCUUUCUGCGACGGGGAGAUUUUAAAGACUCUUAAUGAAGCCGUUGAACAGUCCUUAGAGGAAGCUUCGAGUUUGGAUUCCAAGUUGAGGCCCAAGCAGCGGUGUUACUGUUGUCACGUGUUUUCAGAGGAACUGCUGUUAUCCGAGCUGUUCAGCCUCACCAAGUGCCUUCAGGGUGAGCAGACUGCGGAGCCCAGCAACCCGAUCAAGUGCCUGCUUGUGGGUUCACCGGCUCUCUGUGAUUCCACACUGCACCCGCCCCUGGAAGUCCAUCUUCUGGAGUCCACCGAGCUCCUCACCUUCAGCUGUUCCUUGCUGCACGACGGCGACCCAGCGUACCAGCACUUGUUUCUGGAGUGCCUUCUGCACUCACUGAAGCAGCUUCAUACAGGAGAUGCCAUGGUUUUGCCUGUGCUGUCUUGCUUAACCAGAUUCAUGGCCGGCUUGAUCUUCGUUCUCCACAGCUGUUUUAGAUUUGUCACGUUUUCUUGCCCCACGUCCUCUGAGCCCCUCAGGACCUGUGCAGUCCUGCUGUGCAUUGGUUACCAGAGCCUUCCCCAGCCCGUUCUCCAGUAUCUGCAGAACGUUAGCGAACUGCUGAGCGCUUUGCUCCUCUCUGGUGCACCCCAGCAGGUGUUACAGUUUGUGCCGAUGGAGGUGCUCCUCCAGGGCACACUGCUGGACUUUUUGUGGGAUUUGAAUGCUGCCAUUGCUAAAAGGCAUUUGCAUUUGAUUAUUCAAGAAGAGAGAGACAAAGUCAGCCGCAGCCUUGAGUCACAGAAUUGAACAUGUCACUGUUGAGAUUCAGUUUUGCGACCUACAGCUUCUGCUCUCAUUCACCUGCCCUCUCUAUUUAUUCAAUGCCUGAAUGCCAAUUUUUGUAUCAAAGGACAUUAAUGAUGGGAAGUUAUAGCUUGUUCUGAUCUGAAGGAUAUGUGUACUCAUAGGCAGAGUUCUUAUGGUGGGAACCAUGCACUGAUGGUACUCAGCCUCUAAUCCUGUGUCAUCAGUAUGUGCUUGGGGUGACAACACGCCUCUGCGUAUGCAGUUGAGUUGGUUUCCUCUGCCUGCUGAAGAUUUGCACUGUGUGCCUUCUUUCAGACUUUUUCCCCAGCCGAUGCCUCUCAUUGGCUAAUGCUGUUAAUGAUUGUUAGAGAAGUCGUUCAUGAAAGGAGGUGAGUGGCAUCACCUCCUCGGCGUCACUGUUUACUUCAGAGCACUUGACCAACGUGUCAUAGUGGGUUCGGGGAUCUUUAUACCAGGUUUCUUGAUGAUUGCCAUGCAUUGCCUUUAGAUCAGUGGCUUGAUUUUCUUUUGAUUGGAGUGAGACUAGUGUGCUCUUGGGGUCCUGUUUCCCUAGAUAACUGUCUAAGCAAUAAGAGGACAGCUGGAAACCGGAGCCCAAGGUCAUGGUACAGUGGGAAUUAUGUCUGGUAAUUUAUCAUGACUGGCUUCUUUCCGCAGUCUUGGCAUUUUUAAUGUCCAGUAAACAGUGAAUGGAGCGAUGGUUGAGUUUUAGGGCUUCGUGUGUAGUUGUCCCCCCGUGGGCUGUGUCGGAGUGUGUUGAUCGCAAUGAAUACUGAGGGAAGUGCGGAACUUUCAGAAUGAUGGCAGCACAGUUUUAAUCUUUACUAAAAUUUAUAGUGUGAAAAUGGCACUUUAAUGAGAUUAUCCAUAAAAUGGUUAUUAUAUCAAUUACACUUGAUUUUCUGAGUUAUAUAUUUUUAGUAAUAUAAUGAACUUUUCUGGCAACCUGUUACU